AUGACUCCUUCUCACUUCGCAGACUCCGUUUGGGAAGGCUAUUACUACCAGGACAUGGUCAUCACCAACCGAGGAGGAAGAAUCGACAACCUCACCACAUGUACUCAAGCUUUCGCCUUUCAUACUUUCGAUGAGACCGCUCAAGAACCGGGUUUAGAAUCACCUCGUUACGAAGGUAGUCAAUAUACUCCCCCAUCAAGACCAAAACCGAAUGUUCCGCUCAAUCCAGUCCCUCGUGUCUAUCAGGAAUUGGACAAAGUCAUCACCGCAAGAUGGGAAGGAAAGGGAGGAGAACAAGAUGGAAACUUAACCAAGAAACCGCCAAUCAAAAGGAUGCCCGGAAAGGUAUUUUGUGAAAAUCGAUUUUGCGCCCUGGAGCUACCCACGACAGAAGACAAACAACUCACGGCGGUUCUAGCCUAUUCUGAGGAAGAUAGGACCAACGACACCCAGCGGUCUUUCCGAAGAAGAAGACAAGCUGAAGAGGAAAGAGAACCCAACCUCAGGAAGAGAAGGAGUUUUGAAGAUCUUUUCCACAGUGACCGAAGAGGUCUCGGUAAGGGUAAUAGUGUCAUAUGA